CGUCGACAACAGCAGUCGGACGCGAACCUUCGACGCGAGCGGUCGCGCCCACACCUCAACACCCAACGGAACUUUACGUUACGUCAUUACUCGAGGGUGAAAAUUUUUAGAUCGUAAAUAAUAAAGUGUCUCCUUCGGGGAUGGUAUCGGAAUUGGUUCUGUGUGCGAUGGUUCGAUGAAUGAACUGGUGAAAUGGUGCGGCGGCGGGAAGCGCGUGCGAGUUUCGCGCGAGUUUGCACCACGUUGUUGUGGUUGUUCACUUGUUUCAACGAUCUGUACGCAGUGAAAAUAGUGAAAAUCGUAGUGCCCGAAAUAAUACAAUACGGUGUUCAGGAUGCGGUGAUUUUGGACUGUGAUUACAAUGUGACGGGGAACAACACGGCAGGACUUGUUGUCAAGUGGUUCUUUAGGAAUAAAACUAGGCCAGUGUACCAGUGGAUCGCGGCGCAAAAGCCCCAGGACAUGGGCAUUUUGAGGGGCCGCGUCGACUUGACGUAUAGAGCGUCGAGUGAUCCCUACAAGAUGCAUAGGGCCAUGAGGAUUGUGAAGCCCAACACAGACAUUUCUGGUGAAUACACGUGUGUAGUGUCCACCUUCAUGGAGGAAGACCAGAAGACGAAGCAGAUGAUUGUUUUUGUGCCGGAGACGAAUUUCCGUCUCAUACAGAACAAGACGGACGACGACACAGUGAAUGUGAUCUGCGCGGCCGACGGCGCAUUCCCGGCUCCCAACCUCACGCUCGCCACGCCUGAGAGACGUCUGGACGGCGUCAUUCACAACCUGCGCAUGGUGAACGGGCGGUAUUCGGCCGUCGCGUCGGUGACGCUGCAAGACGGUGACCUCCCCUCGCCGGCGGAGUUCAUCUGUACGCUGAGGAUACCGCAAGCCAAAUACGCUGUUAGAAAAGAAGCUAUUUACUAUCCAGGUCCCAUCAGCACCACACCAGAAGUGCCAACAGCAGCUGACAUGCAGCUGGCAGCCGCUGUUGGGUCUAAAGGAAGUAACAUUUACACACAGAUGUCGUUGGCACUACUACCGGCCGUGGCCUACAUUGUAUUAUCGUAAUGGGAGAACUAGAUAAACAACAGCAACUUACCAAAAAAAAAACAACAA